CAUGCACCUCAAAUCUACACAAUACUUGAGCGAUGCAUAGGGGAUUUACAUCCUGUACAAGUAUUUUAAAAUCAUUAUAUUGGACUUGAUUACUGCUAAGAUUUCAUAACAGACAACCAGCCAUGGACCUAGCCAAGGAACUUAAAGAAGGGCUGUGCAGUCGUCCUAAAUACAUUCCAGUUUCCUUGCGUUAUGACCACCAGGGAUUGCAGUAUGAUGAGCAAUGUUUUGACCUGGAUGAAUACUAUCAUUACAGAGCAGAGGAAGCUCUUAUCAAGUCUAGCAUUAAAGAUGUUGUAUCCAAUCUGUGUAUUCCCUGCAAAGUAUUUGACAUUGGAUGUGGAAAUACUAAAAAAGCACAAAUGCUAUUGAAUGAACUAUUACAGUAUCAAAAUACAGUAGAAUACGCACCGAUUGACGUAUCCAAAGAUUUUCUAAAUGAAGUUUGUGAUGUCCUUUUCCAAAUUUAUGGAGAUAGCCUCAAAGUCGAUCCAAUGUCAGACGAUCUGUUCCAGGCAUUGUCCAAGAUAGGGAACUAUAGAGGUCGGAAAGCUCUCUUGUGGAUAAGCGGGCUGCAGAUAUUUCCCAAAGAUACUCAACUUAAAAUGUUGUCCAAUAUUUCUUCAACUCUAGAAGGAAAUGAUGUCUGUUUGAUAACAGCUGAUAUCACACAAAAUAAAGAAGUCAUUGAGAAGGCAUACCUGAAUUUCGAUGAGCAAAGACCGAAUGCAAAAUUGUACACAAAUGGUAUACAUGUGUUGAAUAGAGAGUUUGAAGCAAAUAUUGAUAUAUCACAGUUUAAACUGGAGGGAAAAUAUGUUGAAGACAAAGACGUUUCAAGUGCGAGCUGCGUCCAAGUGUGGCUGCGUUCUCUUUGUAAACAGUCAUAUAAUAUAGAAAAGCUGGGAAUAACGAUGACAUUGGAAGAAGGCGAAAAAUUGAUGCUUCAUGGGGGAAAUGGAAUGAGUCAUAAAUACACAAGUAAUCAACUGGAAUAUCUGUUUGCCAAAGCACAUUUACGUGUUUUAAAUAAAUGGGAAAAUGAAAACUCUGCCCUGUUCCUCUGUAAACGUGAAAUGUGAUACAUA